AUGCCGGGUAAAUGUGUAUUGCCGGAAGUUGAAUACACACAUGUUUUAAAAUUUGACAACUCAACAUCAGAAACUGAAGAUUUCAACAUUUUGCAGUGUUGCUAAUUCUAAUUCGAUAACAUCCGACAGCUGCCACUGUGACAGACAGGACAAUUUGAACUGUUUGAUGAAAAAUAGGCAGUAAAUAAUAGACAGAUAUUUCACAAUGACAUACAUUUGAUUUUGGGACAGAGAGAAAAAACUAACUUGCAAUUAGGCUAGAAAAAAAUACCCAAAAGAAGCAGUACAGAAGAUCUAAGCAUUUAAAAUCAUUGUAGCCAGUUGUGUUGAACAAUUACAAGUUUGGUAAUGACAGCAAAAAGUACAGAUCUGUCUUUAGAUAUCAAUGAAGGAGAAUAUAUUGAUAGAGUGGAAACAAAAAUAGAGAGUCCCAAAGCAGAAGUUAUCACACCAAAUUCAGAUAAAAUAUUCCCACUGUCUAUGGAUAAUGAUGAAGGUUCCUCAGUUGACGGUCCAUCAGAAAAUGGCACCAGGGCAUGUGAUGACAAUGAAUUUAAAGAUGAGUCUUGGAUUGACCAUUGUGAAACAAAAAUCAUUGCUGAUGAUCAUCUGAAAUGUUUGAAAGAAAUUCUUAUAAGUUCUGUUGCAAGGACAAUAACAAAUGACAAGAUCGGUGAUGAAAUCCAGGAUAUUUAUGAUUCUAAAAAGAACAAAAGCAGAGGAAGUUAUGAAAUUACUAGUGCAACUUCUUUCUUUUUGUUCAAUACUAAGAAUUCCAAAAAAACAGCUGAAAAAACAGGUGUUAAUAACAGUCCUGUCAAAGUCAAGGAAACACAAGUGUCAAUGUUGUAUCAGAUGGGAGUAGAAGCCAUUGGUAAACCACUGGAACCAAAAAGUCAUGAAGAAUAUCCCCUCCAGUUGGCAGACGACAGUAGUUCUGUUCAGAAUGCUGCACUGGCAGCUGAAGACUCAAGGUCAGCAAGUGCAAAGGCAGGAUGGGCUUCAAUCAGACAGGAAUCAGGAGAGUUAGAAAAUUAUUUACUUGAAGAAGAUGAUGAUGAAAAUGUCAUCAUACAUCUUGGGACAGAGUUUGCUCAAGAUGCAAUGGAGGGUGGCAAGAAUGAAGAUAUGACCACAGUUGAUUAUAAGGACCAGUAUGAAGGGACACGAAAGACUGAUUCAUCAUCUAAAACUGUUCUCAGUCCUGGAGGGAAAAAAUGUGAUAAAAAUAAUCUUGCUGAAGAAAAAGAAGAAGAUACAAGUGUAUAUGACUCUGAAGAUAAUAAAACUUGCACAUCAGAUAAAUUGUCCCAGCUAGAAAAUGUAUUAAGUAACAUGAGCCAGGAAGAUUCAUUACAAAUGGUGAAACAAGAACAGGGAGCUAAUUCGGUGGAAAAACAUACAUAUAAAACACAAGUAUCUGCUGAAAGUAAACAUUUGAACAUGAAAAACUCAGACAUUGAAAAUAUUGCUACAGAAGGUAAAACCUUCCAAGCAAAAGACGAUAGAAUUCAUACUGCGCAAUUUGGAAAAUCAGUUCAAAAAUAUCCAAGUCAAGUUUUAAGUAAAGAUGGUCAAACAAAUAUAGGGGAAAUUUCUGAAUCACAGUCCCAAGAACAUUUAACUGAUGAGAAAAUUACCAGACAACAGACAGAACAGUUAAAUUUAUCUCAAUCCAUUGCAAUAAAUGCUCAAGGUAAUUCCAAACAAUAUGACGCAAAAGAAUCAAAUAAAAAGGAUUCAAUACCACAGAUGAAGCAAAUAGAAGUUGAGAGAAAGUUUAGAAUAUCUACUGACUGCAGACAGAAGUUAAUGGACAUGGGUGCCGUGAUGGCAAAAGAAAACAAAUUUUCAGAUAAAUAUUUUGAUGAUAUUAGGUAUAAAAUGACCCUUUCAGACAGUUGGCUAAGACAAAGGAAUGGUAGAUGGGAAUUUAAGAUUCCUCCACGUCAUAUGAGUAAGAAGGAUCCUUCGUCCCAACUUUUAGAAAUUACAUCAGAAACAGAAAUAAUGAAGCACUUAUGUAAGUUAUAUAAUUGUUGCGGGUCUGUUGAUGAUAGAACAUUGGAACAGUUGAUGAAUAAACUAUGUCUAGAUAGUUUUGCUACAUUUACAACAAUCAGGCAGACAUACUUUCUACCCAACUGUACUGUACAACUAGACAUAGCUGAUUUUGGAUUUGAAGUUGGUGAGAUUGAAGUUGUUGUCAGUGAUGAGUCCAGAAUUACAGAUGCUCUCAACAUUAUUGAUGAUGUAGCCAAAAAACUAGAGCUGAAACCAUUUAAACUGAUGUAAAGUUACAGGUGUUACCUCAAAGGACAGAUUCCCUUGAAACCUCAGCAAGAGUGCAACCAUGAACAUUUUUUAAAACUCCCUAAAAAAUGCUGGAUUGUUUUGAAUGUCUGCUUACUUUUCAAUGAUAUGUUGUAUAUACUAUUCUACUUGUAAUUGAAAAAACUUGCCUUUCAGAAAAUGAGGUAUUGUGCUUGAGCUUAAGCAUAUCUAUGUGGAUGUUACAUGUUCUAAAAAGUGCUAUGCAUUUUUCAUUUUCUAGGGUACUAAUUAUCGGGGAUUUGGGAAAUUUUGUGGAAACUUAAUUACGUGUAUCUAGGGUCUUGAGUAAACAGAAUAUUUAGCAAUUAUUGUAUUUUGCUUCAUAUUUAAAUGUGUGGUUCACCUGAAUCCACAAAAUCCAUGUAAAUGAGUUAAACCAAUGAAUAUUAAUAAAUCCACAGAAUUUGCUAAUAUUGUAUUGUUGCUUGUGAAAUCUAUGUGUUGUCACUUUGUCCCUAUUGCAGAUGAUAAUAAUGUUGAGUUUACUGUGGAUUCAUUUAUUUUCCGUGGGUACCAAUUUUCUUGAUUUGAGGAAAACUUACAUAUUCAUGGUUUUUGUAAAGUCUGCAUACAUUCCUUGAGAAAACUUGUAAUUCGUUGAACAUUCGAAUUAGUGGUUCUUCGGUAUGCAAGAAAUCCACGAAAAUUGGUAUCCAAUUAAAAUUAAUGAAUCCACAGUAUUGUUCCUUGAUGUUUUGUAAUUGCCCUUGCUUUGAUUGGAAUGUUUUUCUUAUGUACUUACAACGACCAGUGAUGGUUUUCUUUCUGGUUUUACAAAUACCGGUGUAUUGCAUGUAUUAGAACCCAGUACUAGAAUCAUUUUAUAUUGUCUCAAACGCUGAUUAUUGUAUUUUUAAGUUUAUGAUAUGAUGUCAUUAUUAUGUCCCCGCUGUAGCAUAGGAGCAUUCAUUUUUACCCUGUCUAUCUGUACCUCCGUACAGAUGUCCGUCAGUAUGUCCCAAAGUUGGUUUCCAUUCUCUUAUUUUAGUUUGCCAUGACCAAAUGUUAUACAAACUCAUAAACAAUGCUUAUUACCACAAAACAUUGAUCAAGAUUGCAUUGUGGUUGGCCACUUUAACCUUCCUAAAGAUAUACUCCUUUACAAAUGGAAAAAAUGCUGAAUUCUUUGUUCUUUAACUUUAGUUUGCCUCAACCAAAUGAUAUGAAACCUAUACACAAUACUUUUUACCACAAAAUAAAGAUUAACCUUGUCACAUGAACUGUAAUGCCCGUUUACAUUUCCCGCCUUUUUUUAAAACUUACAUUAUGUAUAUAAAUGAAAUACAUGUAUAUGGCACUGGCACUGUAUAUUAAGCAAUCAAAAAUCACCCAAUCAAUUAUUUUUCCAUAUCUAAAACUGUAUAUCACAAUCAUAAUCUUUUGAAGUAUUAUACAAGUUUACUGUGCAUAAUAAUUAGCAUAAUAAAGUCUCGUUAGAACUGAUCGAACGCAUAUAAUAUUUUAAUUUUUAGUAUUUUAAAACAUUAUAGAUUGUAAUUUGAAUUAUUAACUUGUUAUUGCCAUGUGGAAUUUGAUUGUCCAAAAUAUAUAAAUGAUGGUAGCUUCUUUUUAGUUUGCUUCCAUAUGCAGCAAAUGUAAAAUUGAAUAAGGUUUAAUAAUGCCUUUUUAACAUUUAUUAUCUUGAUAAUUGUAUUAAUUAGUUAUAAGCUCACCUUGCCUAAAUUGAGUUUAUAGGAAAUAGGAAAUAUCUCAGAUGUUACCUUAUUUCAUAUUUAAUUGCUUUUUUUCCUUUUUGGUGCUUUUUUAAUGAUUGUGAUAUUAGCUUACUGGUCUUCAUUGUCAAAUUUUUGUUGUUGCAAAAGUAGUAUUUUUAAUAAUGUAUGUUGAUUUAAAUGUUGCAGUUCAUUUACAAGUUGUUGCUUCAAAUUGUUAUAUUCAUUGUUAAAUAUAUUUUGUUAUGAUUAAUCAAUUGCUCUAAUAUUUUAAAUUCCAUGUUGUUAUAAAAGCAUAGUAUGGAUCACUAUGUGAGUGUUUAAAAAGAGUUAAUCUCAUGGUAGAUAGCUAGAUCAACACAACUUUUAUGCCCAAACUACGAUAGGAGAAGGGCAUUAUGUUUUCUGGUUUGUGCAUCCAUUUGUUCCUUCGUCCAUCCAUCUGUUUGUUCAUUCAUUCUUUUGUUCAACUGUCUGUCCAGCUUCAGGUUAAAGUUUUUGGUCAAGGUAGUUUUUGAUGAAGUUUAAGUCCAGUCGACUUAAAACUUAGUACACAUAAUACCUAUGAUAUGAUCUUUCUAAUAUUAAUUCCAAAUUAGAGUUUUUACCCUAUAUUCACGGUCCACUGAACAUAGAAAAUGAUAGUGUGAGUGGGGCAUCUGUGUACUGUGGACACAUUCUUGUUUUAGAUUUUUGUUAUAAAGCCAAUAAAUGUAAUAUAUUAUAAAAAGGCCAUAAAACAAAUUAUUCAUUGUUACUAUAAUGAUAUAGUUUGAGGAAAGCAUGGCUUAAAUUCAAAACAAUCUUUUACCAUAUUUAGGGAAACAGCCUAGUUUCUCUUUAUCAAAAUAAACCUUGUUAUGAUUGUGCUGAUAUUAAAUGCUUACCAUAUGUUUAAUCUCCUAGAUUGUGAAGAAAUUGACAGCAAGAAUACAUUUCACUUCACCUGACACACAACCUAGAGUUGACCAAUUUUAGUUCUAAAGGAUGUAUGCUUAGCAUGGAAGCAAAACAUACCAAUUUGAAUGUUGCUUUUAUUCAUCAUAGGAUCUAACCCACAAAUCGCCAGUACUUACAGAAUGCAUUCUAGAGCUAGACACCACAAGUAUUUUGGAAUUGUUUGAAAUUUGCUUACUCAAAUAUGGUCACUUGUUAAUAGAGCCAAGAACAUCAAAUAUGUUUAUAAAUUCUAAAUCAGUAGAUCAUGUUUUUUUAUGCCCCAUUUACGAUAGUAGAGGAGUAUUAUGUUUUCUGGUCUGUGGGUCCGUUUGUCUGUCUUGUCCAUCCAUCUGUUUGUUCAUUCAUUCUUUUGUUUGUCCCUCUGUCCAGCUUCAGUUUAAAGUUUUUGGUAAAGGUAGUUUUUGAUGAAGUUGAAGUCCAAUCAACGUGAAACUUAGUACACCUGUUCCCUAUGAUAUGAUCUUUCUAAUUCAAAUGCCAAAUUAGAGUUUUUACCCCAAUUUCAUGGUCCACUAAACAUAGAAAAUGAUAGUGGGGCAUUCAUGUACUAUGGACACAUUCUUGUUUUGUUUGUUUUUGUAUUAUGUUACAGAUCUCUUUUAUAUUAUUGCCAUUGUACACUAUAGCAGCCUGUAAUAAAGCAUAUAAAAACUG